AUGGAUGAUGAAGCUAAUGUAACAUAUAUAACUCUUAGUGGAUACGUGGAAGUACAAAAGUACAGAUAUCUGUAUUUUCUGAUAAUGUUCACAGUAUAUAUUCUUAUACUCAGCUGUAAUUUCACUAUCGUGUGCCUCAUUUGGAUGCACAAAAACCUCCAUGAGCCAAUGUACAUUUUCAUUGCAGCUUUGUUACUGAACUCUGUUGCUUUCAGCACUGCUAUGUACCCAAAGCUUCUGAUUGACUUAUUAUCUAACAAACAGAUCAUAACAUAUUCAGCCUGUCUCUUUCAAUUUUUUCUAUAUUACGCCUUAAGUGGUUCAGAGUUCUUACUGCUGUCAGCCAUGGCCUAUGACAGGUAUGUGUCUAUAUGUAAACCUCUACAAUAUCCAACUAUCAUGAGAAAAACAACCAUCAGUAUUUUCUUGGUUCUAGCCUGGCUUCUGCCUGCUUGUCAAACUUCAGUCCCAGUAAUACUGAGUGCUGAUAUGAAACUCUGUCAUUCGACUUUAAAGGGGAUUUUUUGUAAUAAUUCAUUUUACAAUCUCAACUGUGUGAGUUCAAGAGCACGAUCAAUAUUUGGUGUUUUUGCUCUGUUAGAUGUUGGACUUUUCCCUUUUCUCUUCAUACUUUUUACAUACACCAGGAUACUUAUAAUAUCUUACCAAAGUAAUAGAAAUGUCAGGAAAAAAGCUGCACAGACCUGUUUACCCCACCUGUUGGUCUUAAUCAGCUUUUCCUGUUUGUGUGCAUAUGACAUCAUUAUAGUUCGAAUGGAAUCAGAUUUUCCAAAAACUGUGCAUUUUAUAAUGACUUUACAAGCAGUUUUGUAUCAUCCGCUCUUCAAUCCAAUCAUAUACGGACUGAAAAUGAAAGAAAUUAACAAACAUCUGAGGAGGUUGUUCUGUCAAGCAAAAUUAAUCUGA